GCCGGGCGAGGGCUCAGAGGGGGAGGUGUACUGCCUGUGGCGAAGGCUCGGCUAGCUGGAGCUGGGGAGAGGCGGCGGGGCGGCGGUCCCCACAUCCUUUCCGCACCGACGCGUCUGGGCUCCGAGACCGAGAGAUUCGGUCAACGGCCGGAGACCAGGCCAGGCGUCCAAGCAAGGCAUCGGGCCUAAGACCCACGCUGGGUGAGGCUCCACGAGGAAUAGGCGAGCACCGCGGGCUACCACCGACGCAUUGUUUGAAAGAGGCGAAGCAUACGCCUCCCCAUCAUAACCCCACCAAAAUGGCUGCUUUGGGACACACAUUCCCCUUCUAUGCUGGCCCCAAGCCGACCUUCCCGAUGGAUACCACCUUGGCCGUCAUCAUCACCAUCUUUCUGACUGCACUGGUCACCUUCAUCGCCAUCCUGCCUGGCAUUCGGGGCAAAAUGAGGCUGUUCUGGCUGCUGCGGGUGGUGACCAGCUUAUUCAUCGGAGCUGUGAUCCUGGCUGUGAAUUUCAGUUCUGAGUGGUCCGUGGGCCAGGUGAGCACCAACACAUCAUACAAGGCCUUCAGUUCCCAGUGGAUCAGUGCAGUCCUUGGGCUGCAGGUUGGGCUGGGAGGAGUCAACAUCACACUCACAGGGACCCCAGUGCAGCAGCUGAAUGAGACCAUCAAUUACAAUGAGCAGUUCACCUGGCACCUGGGCGAGAACUAUGCCACGGAGUAUGCAAAAGCUCUGGAGAAGGGGCUGCCGGACCCCGUGCUCUACCUGGCCGAAAAGUUCACCCCAAACAGCCCGUGUGGCCUGCAUGGCCAGUACCGCCUGGCAGGACACUACACCUCAGCUGCACUGUGGGUGGCAUUCCUCUGCUGGCUGCUGGCCAAUGUGAUGCUGUCCAUGCCGGUGCUGGUCUACGGUGGCCACAUGCUUCUGGCCGCAGGCAUCUUCCAGCUGUUGGGGCUGCUCUUCUUCUCCCUGGCCACGUCACUCACCCCACCGUGCCCCCUGCACCUGGGCGCUGCUAUGCUGCACGCUCACUGUGGGCCUGCCUUCUGGAUCACAUUGACCACAGGACUGCUUUGUGUACUGCUGGGCCUGGCUGUGGUGGUGGCGCACAGGAUGCAGCCCCACAGGCUGAAGGCUUUCUUCAACCAGAGUAUGGGGGAAGGUGCCAUGCUGGAGUGGAAUCCUGAGGAAGGGGGACUCCUGAGCCCCCACUACCGGUCCAUGGCAGAGAGUCCUGAGCCCCAGGACAUUCCUCUGUCGGAGGAUUUCUCCAAGACUUGCUGCAAGGAAGAACACCUGAAGCUCAGGUAG